AUGCACCCUUCUGAAUCAAGAAGCUUACAAUUACAGUUCUUAGACGCCAUCUGUCUCCCAGUAUUUACUGGAACUCGUAUUGAAGGAGAAGAAUGUACCACUUUAAAAGUAGCUUUAAUUGAUGCUCUUUCUGGGGAAUUUGUUUCCAGUGGGCCUGAAGCCGCAGCAAAGGUGGAAAUAGUAGUACUUGAGGGAGAUUUUGAUGGUGACGAAGGAGACAACUGGUCACUUGAAGAGUUUAAGAAUAAUAUCGUUAGAGAAAGGGAAGGGAAGAAACCCCUUCUUAGUGGGGAUGCUCUUUUGAAUCUUAAAGAGGGCAUUGGUUUGGUGGGUGAGAUUUCUUUCACAGAUAAUUCCAGCUGGACAAGGAGUCGUAAAUUCAGGCUGGGAGCAAGAGUUGUAGAAAAAUUUGAUGGAAUCAGAGUAAGAGAAGCAAAGACUGAAUCCUUCAUUGUCAGGGAUCAUCGUGGAGAAUUGUACAAGAAGCACCACCCCCCAUCUCUUCUGGAUGAAGUAUGGCGGCUAGAAAAAAUUGGCAAAGAUGGAGCUUUUCACAAGCGGUUGAGUAAAGAAAAAGUCUACACAGUGAAGGAUUUUUUGACUUUACUGUUCCUAGACCCUACAAGGCUUCGAAAUAUCCUUGGGACAGGUAUGUCUGCUAAAAUGUGGGAAGUUGCAGUGGACCAUGCUCGGACAUGCGAAAUUGAUAAGAGGUGCUACUUGUACUGUCCUUCUGGAUCUCAACACAAGGCUGGUGUAGUUUUCAAUGCUGUGGGGCAGUUGAUGGGAAUUCUUUCAGAUUGCCAAUAUAUUGCCACUGAUAAGCUAUCUGAAACGNACCCCCCAUCUCUUCUGGAUGAAGUAUGGCGGCUAGAAAAAAUUGGCAAAGAUGGAGCUUUUCACAAGCGGUUGAGUAAAGAAAAAGUCUACACAGUGAAGGAUUUUUUGACUUUACUGUUCCUAGACCCUACAAGGCUUCGAAAUAUCCUUGGGACAGGUAUGUCUGCUAAAAUGUGGGAAGUUGCAGUGGACCAUGCUCGGACAUGCGAAAUUGAUAAGAGGUGCUACUUGUACUGUCCUUCUGGAUCUCAACACAAGGCUGGUGUAGUUUUCAAUGCUGUGGGGCAGUUGAUGGGAAUUCUUUCAGAUUGCCAAUAUAUUGCCACUGAUAAGCUAUCUGAAACGGAAAAGGCAUGUUCCCCUGUCGCAAAAUUGUUAUGUUUCUUUUUUGCUGCUGACGCCCACAACUCGGUAAUUUCUGCGUUUAGAAACUUCGAGGAUGUAGUCUCUUUUGAUGAUGAGGCCUCUCUUACGGAUGGCCUUUUGCCCAUGUCCAAUGGUCUUUACCCCUCAAAUUCAGCCAUCACAGGGAGUUCUGAUGGCAAUAAGGAUUUGGCAUCCGAAAAAGUGGGCAAAUCUGAUUGUAUGCAGCUAAGUGCCUCUUCCCCAGACAUCAUGCCAUCCAUCUAUUCCAUUGGGGGUGUUAGCUUGGAUGAUUAUGGGUUGCAAAGCAUUGACUCCAUGGAUGUUAUGUUCGACCAACCUUUGAGUUUUCCAAGCCAAGUGGCGAACCCUUUGAUCAUUGGCACUGACUCCAUCCCACAAGACUUCUGUGAGGAUGAGCAGCUUCAGUAUUUUGAUUCUGACUUUUCCCUUCAGAAUGCGAGUCUCGAACCACAUUCUGAUCUACAAUGUGUUGUUAAUGACUUUAUUUUGGCUCGUUCUACAGCUUUUGCCAUAGAUAAAGCUAAGAAGCGAUGGACAAUGUUGUUUGGGGUACUGAGAUGGUUUUCAAUAACGAAGACUGUGGCAAGAAAAAUUCGUUUUCGACAAAAGCAGAGAUACUGUUAG